AUGGCAGGUUGGGAAUUAACUCAAUCUUUAAGGGAAUCAAUAUAUAAAUAUGCUUCGUUUAAACAGACAUCCAUAUCAUUGAGGCAGAUGGUUCAGUUUGGACCUAACCCUUCACCAGGGUCAAUAUUUUUGGCUUCCCAGUUCAUUGUAGAAGAAUUACCUAUCAGAUUAGCUAAGAAAGUUAAAGAUCUUGAAAAUGCCCCCUUAGGCUUAAGUAAAACCCCUUCAACCGUCAUAGUAAAGAACUGGUAUGCCCAAUCGUUUGAAGAAUUAGUAAAUUUACCAAAACCAGAGAUUUCACCAGAAUUAAAGAAACUAUUAGAAAAUAAGAACAAUACUCCUACAAUGGAUAUGGGAGAAAGUCAAAUACCCAAAGCACUGGCUGACGAAGGGAAAAUCUUACAUGAAGAUAAUACAGUUAUCGAUGAAAAGCAAAACCCUGUACAUAAUGAAUCAACCAAUCCUGCUAUAAAUAACAUAUUUAGUGACGAUGGGAUUAUAGUAAGACCUCAUCAUAGUUUUAGAAAGAAAAUUGAAGAAAGUAUAAAAUCCAAAUCUCCUACUUAUGGUAAGAAUUAUUAUACACCAACCAAUAUGAAUACUGUAUGGCCAAAGGAAGUUUAUGAUUAUAAUAAAUCAGUAUUUGAUGCAUUAUCAAAAAUCAAAAGACGUCAUGAUGCUACAGUUGCAACUAUGGCUCAAGGUGUUAAAGAAUGGAAAAGUGAACACAAAACCAUUCUUGUCAAUUCUUCAAUUCAAACCUUCUUAGACAGAUUUUAUAUGUCAAGAAUUGGUAUUAGAAUGUUAAUUGGUCAACAUCUAGCUUUGAAUUUAGCACAACAAAAAUCCCCCAAAUCCAAAUUUUCACUAUUUGGUAAUAGUAAACAAAAAUCAAACUAUGUAGGAGUUAUUUGUACUGAUUGUAAAGUCAGUGAAAUUGCUGAAGAUGCUAUUGAAACUGCUAAAUAUGUUUGUGAGGAAUAUUAUGGAUUAUAUCAAUGUCCUGAAAUCAAAUUGAUUUUGACUAAUAAUGAAAUUGAAUUCAUGUAUGUUCCAGGUCAUUUGAUUCAUAUGUUAUUUGAAACUUUGAAGAAUUCCUUAAGAGCAACUAUUGAGUUCCAUUUACCGAUUUUAAAACAAAAAAUGAUUGAUGAAAAUCCAAAUCUAACUCCUGAAGAUAUUGAUAUCAAUGAUUUGAAAUUUCCUCCUAUAAAAGUUAUUAUAUCUGAAGGUUCAGAAGAUAUUGCCAUCAAAAUCAGUGAUGAAGGUGGUGGUAUAGCUAGAAGCGAAAUACCUUUAAUUUGGACUUAUUUAUAUACUACCGUUGAAGAAACUCCAAUUUUAGAUUCUGAUGGUUCAAAUUCUUUCAGAGCUCCUAUGGCAGGUUUCGGGUAUGGUUUACCAAUUUCAAGAUUAUAUGCUCAAUACUUCGGAGGUGACUUGAAAUUAAUUUCAAUGGAAGGUUAUGGGACUGAUGUUUACUUACAUUUAAAUAGAUUGAGUAGUUCUAGUGAACCUCUUCCUUAA